CGACAACAUAGAGGUCAGCAUGACGAUUAUUUCUCGUAAGUGCAUUUCAAGUAUUUUUUGUUUCUUCUAUUAGAUUUAUCUAAUACUUAAAUAUUUAUAUUUCUUUCCUUCUCACCUUCUUUCACUCUUCUUCACAUUUUGAUUCAGUCAUAGAAACCUUGAAUUCCAAACGCGAUGAUCGAUCCACCCGUUGAUAUGAACGACUACUUUGACACCUUCAGGACUAAGGUGCCCACACACACGCCGACCUCCAUCGCGCCUGUGCCCACCGUUGUCCCCGGCAAUGAACCUAUCUUUCAGGAACUGUCCAAGACCAGUCAGCGAACGUUAUGGGUGGUGGUCGUGCUCAUGGCCAUCUCGGCCCUCGUGUUCUACACCCUCGGCUCCCGAGCACCACUACCCAAACGCGUCGUCCACACGCUGAUCUCCAUCUCCACCACCAUCUCCUUCAUCGUCUACCUCGCGCUCGCCACCGGUGAGGGCAUCACUUACAAACACGACGUCCUCACACACCACAACAAGCACGUCCCCAACACCCACCAGGAUGUCUACCGUCAAGUCCUCUGGCUCCGGUACGUGAACUGGUUCCUUACCGACCCCCUGGCGCUCAUCAACCUCGCCCUCCUGUCCGGUCUCCCCGGCGCCCAUCUCGUCGUCGCCAUCGUCGCAGACUGGAUCAUGCUCGGCUCCGGCCUUCUGGGGACCUACGCCGGCCACACCCCGCGCCGGUGGGUCUGGUUCACCAUCAGCGCCAUCGGAUACCUCACCACCGUCUACCAUAUCGGUAUCAAUGGUUCCCGUGCCGCCACCAACAAGGAGGCCCAGACCAAGCGGUUCUUCGGCACGGUAUCUGGUGUCUCCUUGUUGAUUAAGGUUUUGUUCCCUGUUUCUCUCGCGGCCGGCGCUCUGGCUCUGAGAAUCAACGUCGACUCCGAGACCGUCAUCUUCGCUAUCCAUGAUAUCUUCUUGCAGGGUAUUAUUGGCUACUGGCUUGUUUUCACCCAUGAUGCGUCGCCUGGGAUUACCGUUCUCGUUGACGGUUUCUGGUCCCACGGACUUGGUAAUGAGGGCGCGAUCCGCAUCACGGAAGAAGAAGGCGCUUAAGUCACGGAUUGCAGUUACUUGUCGAGACGGAUACCAGGGUGAAAUGAUCAAAGGAUCAGUUGGAAGAAGAGUUGGAUGGCGAGAGUGAUUGUGGCGCAGACGAGACUGAAACGGAUGGAAAAAGUUGCAGAGGAUGGAAUGAGUCUGAUAUUGAUGUUGAGUUGCUUUCGGGUUACCUGUACAGGUUGGUUUCCUGUAGGCGUUGAUUGAUUUAGGAGUCGGGAUUAUAAUAAUCGUAAUAAAUGGUGUUUUGAUAUCUCAUAAA